AUGGCUCCAAAUCUCGAUGACCCCGAUGGGCUUAUUAAUUUGCGGAACCUCACUCAAGAGGUAGAAAGAAUUGCACCCGACGAUAAGUCAGUUCCGAUUGUCUUAGUGCCUGGAUUCCUUGGUUGGGGCGCACCGCUUUUCGGUACCGUUAACUAUUUCGGCGGUGUAAUUGAUAUCCCCAAAAUCCUGGUCGAUAUGGGAUAUACAGUCAUUGUUGCCUCAGUUUCUCCAAUCUCCUCCAACUGGGAACGCGCUUGUGAGCUAUACAGGCAGCUCACCUUUGGACAAUUCAGCACUGUCAAUUCGGCCACAGGUUCUAUUGAUGAGGUCCAUGAUGUGGACAUUGACUACGGCACUUACUUUAACGCAGAUCCUGCUCGCGCCCCAGAGCAAACCAGUACCACGGGCAGAAGGCGGGCAAUCCUGUUUUCAAACUCCCCAGCCUUUGACAACUGGAGGUGGGACCAGGAUCACAAAGUUCAUUUUAUAUGCCACUCUCAAGGCGGAAACACGGUACGCUACCUCAUCAGCCUGAUGGCUCAAGGCGCCGGAAACCUACAUCCCACCUACUUUGGUGAAACAGAGAGAGGUAACUGGACUAUCUCUAUCACAACCCUUGGGACUCCUCACAGAGGGACGACUAUCAUAAAUGCUCUCGAAAGUUUUCUUUCCCGAUCGAUGCAGCAGGCAGUGGGCCUGGUCGCAAGACUCUUCGCUACAAUAUCAUUCAAUUCUCCAAAAAAGAGGGCCUAUGACCUUCAGCUUGACCACUGGGGAAUCCGCCGGAAUUCGGGUGAAACCUUCCAGGACAUGCUCAUCCGCAUAGAAUCAGACAAUGGCCCGGUGUGGAAAUGGCUGAAUUCCGACAACAAUGGUCUUCAUGACAACAGCAUCGAAGGCGUUCAUAAUCCCCCUCUGAACAUAAUCAAGACCUCAGAACAUAUCUACUACUUCAGCCUAUCCUUCCAUGCAACAGAUCCUUUCCCCGAGGUUUGGCCUGCAUGGGGCAGGGACGCUGCUGGCUCAUUUCCUACUAAGAUAGAGGAUUUCGUGCGGCUUGCUAUAGGUCGUAUUCCAAUCCUCGAGGAGCUAGUUGACUUAAUAAUCAAGGCAUUCGAGAGCCUUGGAUGGACGUUUAUUAUUGCUUCAACUAGUUUUCGCUCUUUCGUGGAGUGGGUUACCCAAGCAGUGAUAACUCGGGUUAUCAAGGAACUAGGCUACAAUCUCGUGCUUCCAAAUCCAGGAAGCUACAUUCCGCGAAAAGACGUUAUACCUAUAUUGCUACCGAGUGUCUACGCAAUGGGAAGCCAGGAUCUCACGGACACGCAAAGAAACAUCCUGGGGCCCAAUCUAGGCGAUUGGUACCAAAAUGACGGCGUUGUCAACACAGAGUCUAUGAUGGGCCCGGAGGGCUACGUCAAAAAGAUCAGCGAAUUAACAGAUUUCGAUUUCAGCGCAGCCGAGACGCGGGGAUUUUACUGGCACUUAGGCGUUAACGAUCAAAUGGACCAUUUGGAUCAAAUUGGCGUUUACAUCGAGCAAGGCACGGGCGAUCUCAUGCAAGAGAUGUAUCUUAAUAUCGCGAAUCUGAUAACGCGACUGCCGGUUGGAGGCUGA